CCUCUCCGGCUCUCUCUCUCUAUCGUUUUCCCUUAGAAGCCAUUUUUAUCUUCUUCCCUGUUGCUUGAAAUCCAAGUAUCAGCUUCGUCAACCCAACGACCUGAACCUUGAAAAAGCUUUGGGAUAUAUUCAUGAGUUGCAACGGGUGUCGAGUCUUACGAAAAGGAUGCAGCGACACUUGUGUUCUACGUCCAUGUCUACAAUGGAUCGAUAAUCUCGAAUCACAGGGCUUCGCCACCGUUUUUGUCGCCAAGUUCUUCGGCCGCGCUGGUCUCAUGUCUUUCAUUUCCGCCGUUCCUGAAUCUCAACGCCCUGCUUUGUUCCAGUCGCUGUUGUUCGAAGCCUGCGGUAGAACGGUGAAUCCCGUGAAUGGAGCUGUCGGGCUUCUAUGGACCGGGAACUGGCAUAUUUGUCAAGCGGCGGUCGAAACCGUUCUCCGUGGCGGAACUCUACGGCCGAUACCGGAAUUCAUGGCUCCGACAUCGGAAUGUAAUGAAGCAUCCGAAGCAGCGGGUACGGAGGACAUGUGGAAGCUGCAAGAAACGGUGACGAGUUUGAACUCCAACUGUCGGUUUUCCAGUUCAAGAUCUAAGGUUUCAUCACAUAAGCGUAAAACCAUGAACGAGUUGAAGAAAUCACAGCCGUCCGAUCUGGAUCUUUGCCUGGCUCCAAAUUUUAAAGGAAACCAAAUGGCGGAUAAUAACCGGCCGGGGACUCCGUCUAUGAACUCGGAGGAAUCUGUCACGACGGCUACGUGCUUUGAAAGAAGGCUCGCAGAUGAUGGGAAGUUACUAAACUUGUUUGUUUAAAGAGAAAAUAAAGAGAGAUUUUUCUUUUUCCGGUGAAUC